CAUAUACUGAGUGCAACAAAGGUACAUCAAACACCAGAGGAGAGGGAAAAGUGUCACUCCAAGAGCUGGCCUUCCAAACCAAGGUCAGGCUUUCACCUCUGUGGACAUGGAAGUAGGAAAUUGCACCAUCCUGACCGAAUUCAUCUUGUUGGGUUUCUCAGCAGACCCACAGUGGCAGCUGAUUCUCUUUGGAGUGUUUCUGAUGCUCUAUUUGGUAACCUUGUCAGGAAACAUGACCUUGGUUAUCUUAAUCCGAAUCGAUCCCCGCUUGCAUACGCCUAUGUACUUUUUCAUUGGCAACCUGUCUUUUUUGGAUUUCUGGUAUACGUCUGUGUACACUCCUAAAAUACUGGCCAGUUGUGUCUCAAAAGAUAAGCGCAUUUCCUUGGCUGGAUGUGGGGCUCAGCUGUUUUUUUCCUGCGUUGUAGCCUACACUGAAUGCUAUCUCCUGGCAGCCAUGGCUUACGACCGCCAUGCAGCAAUUUGUAACCCAUUGCUUUAUUCAGGUACCAUGUCCACUGCCCUCUGUACUGGGCUUGUUGCUGGCUCCUACGUAGGAGGAUUUUUGAAUGCCAUAGCUCAUACUGCCAAUACCUUUCGCCUACGUUUCUGUGGUAAAAAUAUCAUUGACCACUUUUUCUGUGAUGCACCACCAUUGGUAAAAAUGUCCUGUACAGACACGAGGGUCUAUGAGAAAGUCCUCCUUGGUGUGGUGGGCUUCACAGUCCUCUCCAGCAUUCUUGCUAUCCUGAUUUCCUAUGUCAACAUCCUCCUGGCUAUCCUGAGAAUCCACUCAGCUUCAGGAAGACGCAAGGCGUUCUCCACCUGUGCUUCCCACCUCAUCUCAGUCACGCUCUUCUAUGGAUCACUGUUGUUUAUGUAUUCAAGGCCUAGUUCCACCUACUCCCUAGAGAGGGACAAAGUAGCUGCGCUGUUCUACACUGUGAUCAACCCACUGCUCAACCCGCUCAUCUAUAGCCUGAGAAACAAAGAUGUCAAAGAGGCCUUCAGGAAAGCGAUACAGACUAUACGACCACAAACGUGAAGGUUAUUCUCUUUGCAAAUGCUGUUAUUGAGUUUUUCAGAUUAUUGGUUUAUAAAUGUGUUCAUAUGCAUUUCUGUAGUUCAAUUAAAACCAAUAAGUCACAUCUAAAACAUUAAAAAGAUUGAGCAAAUGA